AUGAGUGAAUCAACAUCUUCAUCAGCACAUAACAUCUUCCCAAUCAUUUCUCCACUCGAUAAGCAAAGUUUUGCCAAUAAUCAUCAAGUGGUGGCUCAUCACUAUUACAUGGAUCUCACCACUGAUUUUAAAAACAAAAUUCUUGUUGGUUAUGUUGAUGUUACUUUUGAGGCUUUGAUUGAUCGUCCGAGUCAUGUUGUUGUUGAUGCUCGUAAUUUGGUUAUUAAACAAACUAAAUUCCUCUACAAGAAGCAUCAUAAACACUCUGAGGAUAAUAUUAAUGAACAACAACAUCAAGAACAUGAACUUGCUUUCCGAGUCUUCUCCAAGAGUGAAGUAGCACAAAAUGGUUAUCCAUCAGUUUAUGGUGAACCUCUUUCUAUGAGUCUUACUCAUGAAGCUGUUGAUUUGGAGGCUGGAAACUUUUUCGUGGUUAGAAUUUUCUAUGAAACUACUCAUGAGAGUGAAGCUAUUCAAUGGUUGGAACCAGAACAAACUCUCGGAAAGGUUCAUCCAUACUUGUUUACUCAAUGUCAAGCUAUUCAUGCUCGUUCUCUCCUUCCAUGUCAAGAUACUCCAUCCAACAAGAUUACAUACUCAUCAACCAUUAGAACACCAAAGCCACUCGUAGCUGCCAUGUCUGCCAUUAAACAAUGGGAAGAUGUCUCCACUCAUAUUAACAUUUAUCACUUUAAACAAAAUGUCACAAUUCCAUCCUAUUUGAUUGCUUUGGUUGUUGGUGCUUUAGAAAGUAAGGAGAUUGGACCAAGAAGUACUCUCUAUUGUGAAGCUGAAGUUUUGGAAGCUGCUGCUUAUGAAUUCUCUGAAACAGAAGCUUUCAUUAAGGCUGCUGAAGAAUUCUUGCCACCUUAUGCUUGGGGUAGAUACGAUAUUGUCCUCUUGCCAAGUUCUUAUCCAUUCGGUGGUAUGGAAAAUAGUAAUCUCACUUUCCUCACUCCAACAUUGCUUGCUGGAGACAGAAGUUUAGCUAAUGUUGUUGCUCACGAAAUUGCUCACUCCUGGUCUGGUAAUUUGAUUACCAAUUCCACUUGGGAAGAUUUUUGGUUAAAUGAAGGUUUUACUGUAUUUAUUGAAAGAAGAAUUCUUGCUAGAUUAUCUGGUGAAGAAUAUGCCAAAUUCCAUGCUCAAAUGGGUUACAGUCAUUUGGUUUCAUCAAUCAAUCAUUAUAAGGAAAUUAAUGAAUUGCAAUAUACCAAGAUGAUUCCACUUUUGGAAAAGUGUGAUCCUGAUGAUGCCUUCUCUUCAGUUCCAUAUGAAAAGGGAUUCAACUUUUUAUAUUAUUUGGCUGAUCAAAUUGUUGGAUCCAUUCCAAGAUUUGAAAAGUUCUUGUAUCAUUACUUUACUGUCUUUUGUCAAAAGACUGUUAACAGUGCCGAAAUGAAGAAGUGCUUCUUGGAAUAUUUCGCUGAUGUUGAAAAGACUAAGGAAAUUGAUUGGGAUUCUUGGUUCAAUGUUGAAGGUGAUUUGAUUGUCAAGAAUAACUUUGAAAAUACUUUGAACGUUGCUGCUAAUGCUUUGUGUGAAAAGUGGACAAGUGGUGCUGAAGGAACAUUCGCUAAGAGUGAUAUUGAAGGAUGGUCAUCAACUCAACUCACAUACUUCCUCGAUAUUCUCUUGAGUAAUGACAAGCCAUUGAAUGUUCAAAAAUUGGAUGAAACCUAUGAAUACUCUAAAUACACUAACAGUGAAAUUAGAUUUGGUUGGCAAAUGCUUGCUAUCAAACACAAAUACGAACCAGUCAAGCCUCAAGUUGUUGCAUUCAUUACAAUGCAAGGUAGAAUGAAAUAUGUCAGACCACUCUAUCGUGAGCUCUUCAAAUUUGAUGCUGAAUUGGCCAGAAGUACUUUCCAACAAUACAAGGGAUUCUACCACGGUAUUGCCAGAAAGAUGAUUGAAAAGGAUUUACAAUAAACUAUUUCAAUAUCAAUGUGUUUAA